AUGUCCUUUGCACCGAGGACCUCACUAACCUCUGCCAAGAUGCAGACCAAAAUGAGUGCCUGGACACCUCUUAACCACCAGCUGUCUAAUAACAAUGUGUUUGAAGAGCGAAGAAACCUGCUGGGAAAAUGGUUUGACAAGUGGAGCGACGGCCAGAGGAAGGCGGUUCUACAGGACUUUUUCUCGCGGUGUUCAGUGGGCCAGCUGCGUUUCCUCCGUCAGAACCUGACCAAGAGGGUUCCAGAGGAGAACCUAGACUUCACCUCUGUCCUGCCCAGAGUUCUCUCUCUCUAUGUCUUCUCUUUCCUCGACCCCAGGAGUCUUUGCAGGUGUGCACAGGUGAGUUGGCACUGGAAGGGUAUAGUUGAGUUGGACCAGCAAUGGAUGCCCAAGUGUCUUAAACUGGGCUGGUGCAUCAACUUUGCCCCCACACCAUUUGAACAUGGGGUCUGGAAGAGACACUACAUAGAGACAGUACUGGAGCUUCACAUCGGCAAACCUAAGACUCUAUCACAGCAGGAGUUCAUUGUCCCUGAGGUGACGUCCAUAAACAGUGUGACGUUUGACCAAUCAGAGAGCUUCCUCAGAGAGGUCCAGCGAGAGAGGAGCGGUGGCGGCACCACGAGGGGGUCAGGAGGGUCCCAGCUGAAGGGGCUACCCCCGUGGAGGGGUGCAGACAGACACCCCACUGACACCGUGCGAUUCAAUUAUCUGGAAAAUCUGGACCCCAUAGAGCACGCCCACCAAGCAAAAGUGAAGAGCAGAGGGGUCUUCAACACUGACAAUGAAAAGAAGAAAGAGCUGUCUGCAUUCAAUUAUAAACUGCGCAAGGCAAAGUCAUUGAUGUUCCUGUCCUUGGACCUGACUCCAGGUUUGGGUUCUGGAGCAGGACACCAGAAGCAGAACCGGUUCCGCCCCCAAUGGGCCACACAGAGCCUAGAGUACCCUGUCACCAAGGCAACAGCCAAGAGCCUGUCGCGGUCGAGCCAAUGGAACGCUGGGAUACGACCUGGUCCUGUGAGGUCAGCGGUGCCCAGGCUCAGUCAGGAAGGACUGAGGGCAUCAAUGAGGACAAACAGGAGUACUCCUAGUUAGAAACAUCUUUCCUUCCUCUCUCCCUCCCUUCCUUCCUCCUUUUCUUCUUUCCUACUUUCCUUAAAUCUGUCCAUC